AUAGUCUCUCAGGAACUUCCUGUUGUCACCACACCUCUGGAUUAGUCACUUGAUCUCUCUCUGAGCAAAGCGUGGUGGAAACUAAGGCUCUGCUAAGGAAAUAAUUUUUCUUGUGAAUGUGACACACUCUCCAGUUUCCAUAUGCUGAGAAUAUACUUCUUCAUCAGUUUGAUGUGCUUGGUGAGAUCAGACACAGAUGAAGCAUGUCUUUCAUUCACGAGACUGAGUUUUCACAGUGCAGUGGUUGGUACGAAACUAGAUGUGAAGUUGAUGCUCUUCACAAGGAGAAAUCUGACCUGCGCACAGGCCGUCAACUCCACAGCUUUGGGGAACUUGAAUGUGACCAAGAAAACCACCUUCAUUGUCCAUGGAUUCAGGCCAACAGGCUCCCCUCCAGUUUGGAUUGGAGACCUAGUAGAGGGCUUGCUCUUUGUAGAGGACAUGAACGUGGUUGUUGUUGAUUGGAAUCGAGGAGCUACAACUGUAUUGUACAACCAUGCCUCCAGUAAGACCAGAGAAGUAGCAAUAUUCUUAAAGGAAUUUAUCGACCAAAUGUUGGCCAAAGGAGCUUCUUAUGAGGACAUUUACAUGAUUGGAGUAAGUCUAGGAGCCCACAUAUCCGGGUUUGUUGGAAAGAUGUGCAAUGGGCAGCUGGGGAGAAUUACAGGUCUCGACCCUGCGGGCCCUUUAUUCAAUGGGAAACCUCCAGAGGACAGAUUACAUCCCAGCGAUGCACAGUUCGUUGACGUCAUCCAUUCUGACAUUGACGCAAUGGGGUACAAGGAACCAUUAGGAAACAUAGACUUCUACCCAAAUGGAGGAUUGGAUCAACCUGGUUGUCCCAAAACAAUACUUGGAGGAUUGCAGUAUUUUAAGUGCGACCACCAGAGGUCUAUGUACCUGUACCUCUCUUCCCUGAGAGAGAACUGUUCUAUCACUGCAUAUCCCUGUGACUCCUACCGGGAUUACAGGAAUGGCAAGUGUGUCAACUGCGAGACAUCACAAAAGACGUCCUGUCCACUUCUGGGCUAUUAUGCUGAUUAUUGGAAAGACUAUUUAACGGAAAAAGAUCCUCCUAUGACUAAAGCAUUCUUUGACACAGCUGAAGAGAAACCGUUCUGCAUAUAUCAUUACUUUGUGGAUAUUAUAACUUGGAACAAGAACGUAAGAAGAGGGUUCAUUACAAUCAAAUUGACAGACAAAGCUGGAAACACCACAGAAUCCAAAAUCGAUCAUGAACCUGCAACAUUUCAGAAAUACCACCAAGUGAGUCUGCUUGCAAGAUUUAAUCAAGAUCUGGAUAAAGUAGCAGCCAUUUCCUUGGUGUUCUCUACAGGCUCUGUAGUAGGCCCGAAGUACAAGCUCAGGAUUCUCCGAAUGAAGUUAAGGUCACUUGCCCAUCCAGAGAGGCCCCAGUUGUGUCGGUAUGAUCUUGUACUAUUGGAAAACACUGAAACAGUCUUCCAACCUAUUCUUUGCCCAAAAUUGCACAUGUAACGGUUGUCAGGACACAUGGGCACCAGCAACAUCAACAAUGCUGUGACAGGUUGUUUUAAAGCUUUGCCUUACCUUUUCCUCAAGGCACACAAAGUAUGGAAUCGCCAGAGUUUUUUCCAGAAGUGUCCUAUGGAUGUCCUAUUGCAAAAUGUUAAAUGGCCUUGGAUUUUAGAACAGUCAUGUGAAGGGAGCCCCUAAGUAGGGCAAGUCAGAAAUAGCCCGGCUCUUGGCAGCUCCGUGCCUUGUCUGACUGCGUCCUGAGGCCUUGUUUGUUCCGCCCUGUGAUUCUGCUGCCUAUCAUGGCAGGUGGACGAGCAUCUUAAAGGGAAGGAUUUGCUGGAGACCUCACUUUGGACUGGAUCCCACAUUCCCUGUGCCAAAUUCCUCCGGCUUCCUGCAUGUAGAAGGGACUGGAAACUGACCUACCUCACAGGGCUGUUGUGCGGGUCUGGGAGGCAAGUCUGUGAAGGGUUCUUUGAAAUCCCAUGGGUACCACAUCUGUGAGUGGUUUGAUAAAUGUGAAUAUGUUUUUUAUUUAUUUUGAUAUACCUUAUCUAAUAUACAGUAAAAGAG